UACAGUGUGCGUUGCAAACAGGAUUACAGUUUUAAUUGUAAAUGAUCGAGUGUAAUUUAUUAUAUGCAGUGAAUAUUGUUGUUUUAUUCUGACGUUAAAAACUUUAAAACAAAAUAGUUACUAAUCCGUACAUAACAAUGAGCGACCACGAGAGAAGUCUCACGCGUGAGCGCAGUACGGAUAUGAAAAUAGAUCAUGGCACAUCACCUUCUCGUAGGCGUAUGAUGGGAGAAUCCCGUAGUCGUUCACCUUCUGCUCCUGCCAUGAAAUCUAUGAAAAAGAGCUAUUCAAGGAGUCCAAGUCCAGAAAGGCAACGUAAGAACUCAUAUCGUGAACGUGAACCCAAUGAAAGUAGGCGCAGAUAUAGAAGUCACAGUAGAUCCAGAUCGCCUCGCCGUUAUAGAAAUAGAUAUUCACAUUCAAGAUCCCGAUCUUAUUCUCCCAGGGGAAAGGGUUAUGACCGGAGAAGGUCUCAUUCCAGGAGUCCAAUGUCACAAAGACGCCGACAUGUAGGCAGUAGAGAAAAUCCAACACAAUCUAGGUGCCUUGGAGUUUUUGGAUUGAGUGUGUAUACUAGUGAAAGUCAAAUAAAUCAUAUUUUUUCUAAAUAUGGACCAGUGGAAAGAACAGUUGUAGUCAUAGAUGCACAGACUGGGCGCUCAAGGGGCUUCUGUUUUGUAUAUUUUGAAAAUGAAGAGGAUGCCAAAGUUGCCAAAGAACAGUGCUCAGGAAUGGAGUUAGAUGGUAAAAGAAUUCGGGUUGACUAUUCUAUAACGAAAAGAGCACAUACCCCUACACCUGGAAUAUAUAUGGGAAAGCCAACAUAUGUGUCGGAUAGAGGUGGAUGGGGCAAUAGUCGAGGAAGAGCAAGAGAUCGUGAUAGAGAUGAUUAUUAUGGAGGUGGACAUCGUGGUGGAUGGGGUAAUAGCUAUAGAGACCGACGCAGUCCUUCUCCACAUUAUAGAAGACGAAGAAGUGGACGUUCACGAUCACGUUCCUACUCCCCUCGUUUUCAUGCCGAGUAUGGAUGAAACUGAAAAUUUUAUCAAAUGUUGCAAGUUUCAAAUCAAGCAAAGAAUAUGAUCUCAAAAUGUUAUCACUCAUGCGUGAAGUAACAAGUUUUUGUAGAAGAAUGAAAUCUCUUAGGGCCUCAAGCUCAUAUCGAAUCCCACGGAAUAUGAAGAAAGAAACUUGAUAAGAUGACUGACUAUUUAAAAGAAUAUUGAAGUUGAAGAAUUGUCUGAAAUUCCAAUUCCUGACUUCUUGCUUGAUCAUAUUCUUUACUAAUUUUUAACAUGAAUUAUGGCCUUUUUUGACAUUCAUUUAUUGAUGACACUUUUUAUUACC